GUCUCCACCUCACCGACGACCAGGAGCAAUCUGAGAGCACACAGAUCCAGGAGCAGUCAUGACUCACCCCCGGACUCUCCGAGUGGACUAUGACCAUACUACAAAUGCUGUGUGCGUCGUCGGCUCUGAACACAAUGUCAACCUGAACAGGAGCGCCCCUCCCAGCUCCAUGUUCUUCUCUGUGAAGUGCACCCCCAGCAUUCAGUACAGCAUCACCCCCUCGCCUCAGGAGACGUCCCACUUCUCUCCCAUCCCUCUCAGUGGUAACUCAGUGCUGCUCUUCAGCAUGAGCAGUGCCAGUCAAGAUGAAAAAGACAGCAAGCUCUCUGUCUGGUACUAUGGGGAAAGUAAAGAAGUCUUGGCUAGAGCAAUCCUGCACCUGACAGCUGUUGAGAUCUCUCUGGAUGUGGAUGCUGACAGAGAUGGUGUUGUGGAGAAAAACAACGCUAAUAAGGGAUCCUGGAAAUGGGGUCCUAAUGGGCAUGGAGCCGUCCUAUUGGUCAACUGUGACUCUGAGCGGCGUUACCGAAAGAAACCAGAUAGGGAGCAGGACUACAUCUCCUAUGUGUCAGAUCUGAAGGACAUGUCCGUCAUGGUGCUGCGGACCAGAGGCCCCGCCAAACUGCCAGAGGGCUACAAGCUCACCAUGCACAUCUCCCAGGGGGACGCAGAGAGUGUCAGAGUCUUCAUGCGCAAAACCUGUGAUAUGAAGAAGAACAAUUUAGUGGAUCAACUCUUCUGCAACUUCGUGAAGGCCUAUCCGCUGGUGCUGAGCAGUGAGGUCCUGUCCCAGGAGGUGCCUUACCUCGGUGGAGAAGGAGAGGUGAACUUUUAUGUGGAGGGCCUCAGGUUUCCUGACAUAGACUUCAAUGGGCUCAUCCGCAUCAACCUCAGUCUGUUGGAACCCAUCUCUACGGGUCUCCCUGAGACGCCUAUUUUCACAGACACAAUCGUGUUCAAAGUGGCACCGUGGAUCAUGACACCCAACACCCUCCAGCCUGUAGAGGUGUUUGUCUGCAGCACGUCUGAUAACAAAAAGUUCCUAAAAAGCCUGAGGAACCUUGUUGCAAAGUGCGGGUACAAGCUUAAGGUUUGCUACGAGGACGUGAACAGAGGAGAUCGGUGGAUGCAGGAUGAGUUGGAGUUUGGCUACAUAGACUCACCUCAUCACCGGUUUCCUGUUGUUCUGGAUUCCCCUCGAGAUCGGGGUCUCAUGGAGUUUCCUUAUAAUGAGCUACUGGGAUCUGACUUUGGCUAUGUGACGAGGUGGGCCGAGAGGGAAGACGUGAGCAGUCUGGACUCGUUCGGUAAUCUGGAGGUUAGUCCUCCCGUCACCGUGAAUGGAAAACACUACCCUCUGGGCAGAAUCAUCAUUGGAGUGGCCUUCCCCACGGCAACCAAAGGGCGAAACAUGACCAAAGUCGUUCAGGACUUCUUGUGGGCUCAGAAGGUUCAGGAGCCCAUCGCCUUGUUCUCUGACUGGCUCUUUGUCGGCCACGUAGAUGAAUUCAUGACUUUUGUUCCCGCGCCUGACAGAAAAGGCUUCCGGCUGCUGCUGGCCAGCCCAGACGCAGGCUACAAACUAUUCAGAGAGUUACACAAGGAUGGACACGGACAAGCCAAACUGUUUGAAGGUCUGAGCGCUGAAGAACAAAUAACAGUGGAUGAGAUACUUAAUGAUGAAGGUCUCCAAAAGGAAAAUAACUACGUGCAGAGCUGCAUUGACUGGAACAGAGAUGUGCUGAAGAGAGAGCUGGGCCUGGACGACGAAGACAUCAUCGACCUGCCCAUCCUCUUCAAGUUAGUGAACGAGGAUGAGGAGGAGACCACCACGUACAGAGCAUUGGCUUACUACCCUGACAUGGUGAACAUGAUUGUUUUGGGGAAGAACCUGGGCAUCCCGAAGCCCUUCGGGCCGAAGGUGAACGGGCGCUGUGCCCUGGAGGCCGAGAUGUGCUCCCUGUUGGAGGGCCUGGGCCUCAGCUGCACCUUCAUCGACGACUUCGCCUCCUACCACAAACAGCUCGGAGAGGUGCACUGCGGCUCCAACGUCCGCAGGGAAGCGUUCGACUUCAAGUGGUGGAACCUGGAGAUGUGAACGGAAACUGAACAGUGGGUGGAGACGGGUUAGAGAGGCUUUCAAAAUACUAGAUUGUUUAAGAAAAAACAAACAGCACCUUGACUGAACUUAGGGGUUGGAAGAGAUAUUUUUCUUGUCAAAGCCUUACGUUAUCUCUUAAAUCAUGAAAUGCCUAAUUUUUCUUCCCAUUUGAUUACAAAAUACUUGCACAGUAACGAUCAAUGUCGGAAGGAUAACCCCAGGCGUUUGAUCCAUUAUGCAUCUUCAUCUUUAUUAAACAUUUUUGUCGGCUUUAUUUACGAAAAGGAUGUAAAGCAAUAUUUACAAGUUUUGAACAAGGGCUUAAGCAGACUGUUGACAAGAACAGAAAUACAAUCAUUUGAAUCAAGCACAUAGAGGAGUCGCUCCCAAUCUUGUUGUUGUCUGGACCGGCCGUUGGCAUACAGUGCAAGCGCAGUUAGAUGAAUGGUUCCACACGGUGAUGUGCUGUAACAAUUACAGAGCCACAAGAGGGAGCACUUCAUCUACUCAAGCAUUUUCCAAAGUCCAGAGAAAAAAAAAAAUCAUAUCUUUUCUCAAAUCAAUUUGAAAGCUGUAAUUAUAAGCAAAAAGUGUAUUUUUUAAUUUGUCUGUAGAGUUAGAUGCAGAAUGUUGUGAUUUGAAGCUAUUAACAGCUUGAUUGAGCAGUUUACAGGCUGUUUCGCAUUUGGUCCAGUUUCUUUUUAUUACUGUCACACUGUAAAUGACGUCUUUAAUUCAGUGUAGACAAUAAAACUCUGCUUCAGUCAUAUCGCUGAAAUAAACUAUAUGUAUCAGUUGUUUCCUUCAUCUCAAACUGAAGAAUGAAAAAAAAAGCUUUUCCGCUCAGGAGAGUUGAGCUGUUUCAGACUCGGGCUUCUCUGUGAUUGAGAGUCAACACAGUAUCACCAUUCAUUCACAUGUAUAAAUAAAUACACGUCUGCCUAGUUUUACAUUCAAAGCCAGCUGGCGACGCAGUGCCUUUUAAACAAGAGCCUCCCUUCAAAGCAGCUCACGCGUACACAAUCUUUAGAAAGGCAACUUCAAGACGAGUCACAGUGUAAUUCAUGUUCAGCGACAAAUCAGGUUUUCUCAAAAAAGUUUUGAAAAUGUAGUGCUUCAGUCAGGAACAUAUAUUACACUUACUUUACAAAUAAAGUAGGAAACUCUGGCAUUUGGCUCUCUAUCAGCAAUCAGUCUGCAGAUGUUGGCUGUUUUUUUCUUUUUUUACAAAACACAAAGCACGGGGACAACACCUCUAUGUCAAGCAUGGCAUCAGUGUACAGAGGACAGGUUGUUUUUUGGCAAGCGGAUUUACACCAUGCACAGUAUCGUUGUAUACACACACACAUCAAAUCAACAAGUGGCGUAUGACAACAGUAUUUGGAGUCAAACGUCUUAACAGCAGGACCUUGACAUGUGGAUUGAGGAUGCAUGUUGCUGGUUGGGGACUCUACAGGAAUUAUGCUUGUUAUUCUAAUUAUAAAGCAUCAAUAAAUUAUGUUAAAAUAUAUAUAUAUAUUUUAUCUUUUUUUUUUUUAUUGUGUUACUAUGGAUUGAAUUUUGAAAAUUCCAAGUAAAAAAAAAUUGCAGAUGCAUUUUCUGUGGUAUAUUUCACCCACCUAGGAGGAAAGACUGAUGCGAUAACAGCGACCAACCAAUCACAGAAGUGCUAUCCAUCUAAAACAUGACAGAUUUAUCGAAGCUGUCGUCAAACACGACAAAUAUCCACAGCAGAAUACUCAGAAGAAUAAUAGAUCAUCAGUAAAACACAGAAAAGUGGCGCGGCAGACUGCCACGCACACACCCGGUACAUCAAAGAUAAACCCAUGGACUACAUCACAGUGGGAUGCGAGGUUGACUUUAAAAAAAACAUAUUUCUCUCUAGUGCAACUCUCCUCUCUAUAGAC